CGGAGUGCCCGAAAACCCCAAACCCUCUUCUCCUCAACCGUUCGUUUCUAGUGGAAGUUGCUGUCUUUCUUCUUUUCUCUCUGGAAAAUGAGGACUUUUUUGCUUAGAUCCAUGGCGUCCGCCCUCCGGAGAGGAGGAGCUCCGUCCUCCCCUGCCCCCUCAUCUCAUAUUCUCCGCAGAUCCUUCAGCGUUGAGUCGGGCCCCGAGCGGAAGGUCGCGAUCCUGGGCGCCGCCGGCGGGAUCGGCCAGCCCCUCUCCCUCCUCAUGAAGCUCAACCCCCUCGUCUCCCGCCUGGCCCUCUACGAUAUCGCCGGCACCCCCGGCGUCGCCGCAGACGUCAGCCAUAUCAACACCCGCGCCGAGGUGAAGGGUUACGCGGCCGAGGAGCAGCUGGGCCAAGCCUUGGAGGGUUCCGACCUCGUCAUCAUCCCCGCUGGCGUGCCUCGGAAACCUGGCAUGACCCGAGACGAUCUCUUCAACAUCAACGCCGGCAUCGUCAAAUCGCUCUGCACUGCCAUCGCCAAGUACUGCCCCGACGCUCUUGUUAAUAUGAUUAGCAACCCGGUGAAUUCCACGGUGCCGAUCGCAGCUGAGGUUUUCAAGAAGGCCGGAACCUAUGAUGAGAAGAAGCUGUUCGGUGUCACCAUGCUCGAUGUGGUCAGGGCCAAGACUUUCUAUGCUGGGAAGGCGAACGUUCCAGUUUCUGAAGUUAAUGUCCCUGUGGUUGGUGGGCAUGCUGGCAUAACAAUUUUGCCUCUGUUCUCCCAGGCAACUCCAGCAACUAAUGCAUUGUCGGAGGACGACAUAAAAGCUCUCACAAAGAGGACACAGGAUGGUGGGACGGAAGUGGUGGAGGCAAAGGCUGGAAAAGGAUCUGCAACUUUGUCUAUGGCAUAUGCUGGUGCCAUCUUUGCAGAUGCAUGCUUGAAGGGUCUUAAUGGGGUUCCAGAUAUUGUUGAGUGCUCUUUUGUCCAGUCAAGCAUAACUGAACUACCAUUCUUUGCCUCUAAGGUGAGACUUGGGAAGAACGGUGUUGAGGAAGUACUUGGAUUGGGCACCCUCUCAGAAUAUGAGAAACAGGGUUUGGAGAAUCUGAAGGCUGAGCUCAAGGCCUCCAUUGAGAAGGGAAUUAAGUUUGCCAAAGAUAAUUAAGUUGUCUGAAUUCUAAGGUUGCUUGAACCAUGACAAUUUUGCUUCUGUUCCUGAGAGGGUCAUUCUCUCGAUACACUUUACAUCGUGUUUAAUCGAUUCCUUGAGCUUGUUGAGCUGGCUGUCAGCUGCAGCCAACUAAGCUUUUAAGCUUCGGUCACAAUAAGCCAUACAAUUUGCGGAAGAAAAACACUGAGGAAUACAUUUAUUGGACUUGCAGCCUAAUGAACUGUGGCAAGUCCAGCCUAUUUUGAUUAUUCUGAUUGCAUAGUUUCGUAGACCUCAACUUGGUGUUUCAGUUUAAACGAGAGGUUUGUUUCAAUU